AUGCCAUUAGCAGAGGAGGAAGUGAAGAGUGUGAGUAUCGCUGAAGGGGAGACAGGGUCAAAGCCGGAGGCUCCCUUUGAGACUAAGUCGGUGGUGGCCGUUGGUGAACAGGAGGACGACGGUUGCCAAACGAUAGAGGAAAUUAUAGAAGAAGCAAAAGGUGUGCUCCAGGCUGAGCCGCUGGAGACGGCCCUGGCUGCCGAUAUGUUGUUAAUGUUAGAUGAAAAGGUGUCCCCGAGCAUUACCAAGGAACUCUUGAGUUCAACUAAGAUAGGUCAAAUAGUUAACAAGUUAAAGUCAGCUGAGUCGCCUGAUGUAUCUACGCGCGCAAAGAUGAUAAUUGAAAAGUGGAAAAUGAUCAUCAAAGCGCCCUCAACCACCAGUGCUGGUGAGGGGCAGACAGCUGCUGAACAGCAGACUGCCCAGCAGUCUGAAUCGAGUGCAAGGAAAAGACCUCUGCCUCAGGCUUCGGCGGCGGCCGACAGCUUUGAACCUGCUGUGCACCCUCUUACGCACGACUCAGUCUAUGAAGGGAAGAUGACAAAGCAGGAUAAGAGGAACCGGUUUAGGUCAAUUCUAUUCAAAUCGUUCGUGGAAGGCUUCGCACAAGACCAAAUACACAUGGUGGAUAAGGUACAACUAGAUAAUCUUAUUGCGGAAGUGGAAACAGCUCUUUGGGAUUACCACGUCACCAAAAAGAAUAACCAAAAUGAUUACACUUCACAAUUACGGUCGAUCAAGUCCAACUUGGCUGACAAGAAGAAUCCGGAGUUCAAUAGUGCGUUGUACAUGGGGGGAAUUAGUGUAGAGGAUUUGCCUACAAUGUCUAGUGUCGAAAUGGCAAGUGAUGCGAAGAAGCAAGAACGAAAAAAAGCCCAAAAAGACGCGCUCGAAGCGUGUCAGUCCGAUUGGGAUUUGCGAAAUGUGAAGCGGGCCAAAGGUCAGUUCCCCUGCGGCAAGUGCAAAUCCGAUAAUACAACAUAUGUCCAGAUGCAGACACGAUCGUCUGAUGAGCCCAUGACCACCUACGUGAGUUGCCAAAAUUGUGGCAACAGGUGGAAAUUCUAA